AUGAAGUCAAACGUUUUUUUCCUUCUCUUUUCUCGAUUAUUCUCUUUCCUUCCUUAUGGUAAGUCUAAUUUUUCUUCUUUUUUUGUCUUUUACUUUUCUUCUUUCAUAUUUUUUUUCUUUUUUCAAGCACAAAUUUCUCUUUCUUUCUUUCAGAAUUAUUUUCCUUCGUUUUUUAUUUAUUUUAGUAUCUUUUUCAUUUAUUCAUGUUUUUCUUUCUUUCUUAUUUUUAAAUUUUAUUUUUUUAUUUCUGGAUUUUCUUUCAUUCUUUUAUUCCUAAUUUCUUCUGUUUUUCAUUCUUUUAUUCUCUCCACAUCUUUAGUUUUCCUUUUCUCUUAUUCUUGCUUUCUUUUUUGUCCUUUCUAUAUUUCUGAAUCUAUUUCGUUCUCAUUCUUCCUCCUCUUAUGUCAUUCAUCAUUUCCCGUUACCUCGCCUCUUUCUUCUUUUUCUUUCUUCAACAUUUUAUUUCUUUCAUAA